AGAGAAGGACAAACUCUGUAUGAUUCCACUGGUAGGUAGAAGAGAAACACAUGGACAAAGGGAACAACAGACAAGUGGUGACCAGGGGGAAAGCGGAUGGGAUGGGGACAAAGGGAGAAGGGGCGCACCUAUAAGAUAACAAAUAAUAACAUACAACUGAAAUUUGACAAUGUUGUAAACUAUCAUAACCUCAAAAAAGAGUAAUACAACAAGUAAAGGAAUGGGUCAUAUGCUGGAAUCCUCUGAGGAAGUGGCAUUCUCCCAGGUGACCACGGAUAUCUGAGCGCGUCGCCUUUAAGAGGAGCUCUGGCACUUAGGACUUUUCUCCCGGAUCUUUCUCUCCCUGCUGGCCUUCCCGCCCAGCCGCUUCGCGGUUGUCAUGGAGAACCGGAAACCCGAACGUCGCUUAGCGAACGCGGAGAAUAAACUACGUUACCCAGAGGUCUGAGCGCGGCGCAUCGCCUUAGCGCCAGUGACAGCCCGCACGACGGGCGUUCCCCGGUGUCCGGGCGGCAGAGGCGGGACUUCCGGCGUCCUGCGCGUGACGUGUUUUUCCUGUGCCGGGACUGUCCACACUGGCCGCGGAGGCUCCGAGUCCUGGGCUGGUGCGGUUCGGCCGCGGCGGGGAAAAGGACACGACCUCCGUCCGCGCCUUUGUUAAGAUUCCUGAUCCCCGUGGUGGGUCGGGCGACCCUGCGCGGAGCUGUCCGCGGGGCUUGCGCUCUUUCCGCGGCCUUCGCACCCGCCCUCGGUCCCCGGCGGCCCCCGCAGGCGGACCCGUGAGCCUGAGCCUGUUUACACGGGGGAGACUGGGGACGGAGGCGACAGUCGGUCCGAGUGCACCAGGCCCAGUGGAGGUGGGGGUCUCGGCUGAGCCCGCCGGGUCCGCCCGUUCGCCCGCUUCUCACGGCUCCGUUCUGCUCACAGGAUCCCAUGGCGGCCGCGGCGCUGUCGGACCGGGCUCAGGACUGUGUGACCUUCGAGGAUGUGUUCGUGUCUUUCUCCCGGGAGGAGUGGGAGCUCCUCGAGAAGGCUCAGAGACUCCUGUACCGUGAUGUGAUGCUGGAGAACUUCGCGCAUGUGGCCUCACUGGGUUGUUGGCGUGAAGCAGACAGUGAGGAGGCCCCUUCUGAGCAGAGCAAUUCCAUAGGAGUGCUGCAGAUCAGGACUGCAAUGUCAGGUUCAUUUAUCCAGGAAGCCUACCCGUGGGAGAUGCGUGACCUACUCUUGAAAGACAUUUUGCACCUGCCUGAACACCAGGGAUCACACUCCACGCAGAAACUGUACACAUGUGGCCCCUGUGGGAGAGGAUUCUUGUCCAGUGCAAACUUCUACCAGCACCAGAGGCGAUAUGCUGGAGAGAAUCCCUUCUGGGAGGAUGAUGGUGGGGCCUCAUUUGUGAAGAGCUGUGCAGUCCACAUGUUAGGGAGACCCUUUACUUGCAGGGAGGAAGGGAUGGACUUGCUGGACAGCUCUGGUCUCUUCCAGCACCAGACCACUCACAGUGGGGUGAGUCCGUACAAAAGGACUGAGUUCCCGGAGUCUCUCCCACGCAGCUCCAGUCUCGGGCAACACCAGGGAGACCCUGAUAAACGGAUGCUCUUCAGUUGCAGUGACAAUGGGCAAGGCUUCCUGAACACCUUCACUCUCCUUGAGAACCAGGUAACUCACUCUGAAGUGAGAUCCUUUAGAUGCCUACCACGUGGAAGUAUGUCCAAGGAGAAACCAGCUCUCGUUCAUCACAGAAAAAUCCACAGUGGAGACACAUCACAUGUGUGUAAGGAGUGUGGAAAGGCCUUCAUUCACCUGUCCCGCCUAAAAAUGCACCAGAGACUUCAUACUGGAAAAAGACAUUACACAUGCAGUGAAUGUGGGAAAGCCUUCAGGCGUAAAGACACACUUGUUCAGCACCAGAGAUUUCAUACUGGAGAAAGGCCUUUUGAGUGCACUGAAUGUGGAAAAUUCUUUAGCCAAAUAUCCCACCUUGUUCAGCACCAGAGAAUUCACACUGGGGAAAGGCGUUAUAAGUGCACUGAAUGUGGAAAAGCUUUUAGUCGUAAAGACACACUUGUCCACCACCAGAUAAUUCACAGUGGAGCAAGGCCCUAUGAGUGCAGCGAAUGUGGGAAAGCCUUCAGCCGUAAAGACACACUUGUGCAGCACCAGAAAAUCCACACUGGGGAAAGGCCUUAUGAGUGUGAUCAAUGUGGGAAAUUCUUUAGCCAUAGCUCCAACCUUAGUGUACACCAGAGAAUUCACACUGGAGCGAAGCCUUAUGAAUGUAGUGAAUGUGGGAAAUGCUUUAGCCACAACUCCAGCCUCAUUCUACACCAGAGAGUUCACACUGGAGCAAGGCCUUACGUGUGCAGUGACUGUGGAAAAGCCUAUAUUAGUAGCUCCCACCUUGUUCAACACAAGAAAGUUCACACUGGAGCCAGACAUUAUGAGUGCAGUGAAUGUGGGACAUUAUUUAGCUGUAACUCUAGCCUCAUUCUACACCAGAGAGUUCACACUGGUGAAAAGCCUUAUGUGUGCAGUGAAUGUGGGAAAGCUUAUGUUAGUAGCUCCCACUUUGUUAAACACAAGAAAGUUCACACCCGAGCCAGAUCUUAUGAGUGCAAUGAAUGUGGAAAAUUCUUUAACCGCAAUUCUAGCCUCAUUCUACACCGGAGGGUUCACACUGGAGAAAAGCCUUACUUGUGCAGUGAAUGUGGGAAAGCCUACAGCAGAAGCUCCCAUCUUGUUCGGCACCAAAAAGUUCAUACUGGAGAAAGGCCUCACGAAUGCAGCAGUCUUGGUGGUCCUUUAGCUGCAUCUCUUAAACCUGUUUAGCACUGGAAAGUUGACACUAGAGAAAGGCCUUAGGAAUGCAGAAAAUAUGCUAUCUCCUUGUUCAACCUAAUGGGGCUCACACCAGAGUAAAGUUCUGUGAGUACCCUUCGUGAGGAAGCAAUCAGCCAGUAGGUGAAUCUUGUAGGUUUAUACAUCCACCCUGGGGAGAUUCCAAUAAGUACCACAUAGGUGGGAAGAUCUCCUGAGGUGCUUUGCACUUCCUAAACUGUGCAGGGCUCUUGACAGAGUUCUGUCACUGCCUGUGCCUGAAGCCAUCUCAUUGCUACCAGCUGUCAGGAUCACACAGUCUGUGUCAGUUGCUCCAAUAUGCUCAGGGAAGGCAGAUCCCUGUGCCUUCUCUCCUACUCCCUGGAGGGAAUCGUGUGUUUGGAGCCCAUUGACAGCCCUCCUUUCCCUCCCCCAUGACUGGGUUGUGAGUGAACUUGGUCUUCACUCUGGCCAGAAUAGUCUGAGCUGGUGACUGCCAGGGAUUUCCAGACGAGAUUUCCCUUCUCUAUGGACAAUGUUGACUGUAAACAUGAGAGCUGUGUUUCCAGAUCACCCAGCUUUGGAACAGCUACCUUGUACUGCUCUUCUUUGUGCAGAGAUAAAGGCCUGUUAUAGCAGUCUUUACUCUUGGGAGGGGUCUUUUCACUGUGUGGAAUGGGUUGAGAAAAGAAUUUUGUUCUGCUGUAUGAAGGGAGGAACUCCUUUUGUCGGCACCAACUUUAUGUGACUCGGAGGGGGUCAGCCAGAUGGCACAGAACAGAUCUCAGUCUGGUUUGGCCUACUUGCCAAACCUAAGGUCACUUAUGUUUUCUCCUAUGUUAUCUUCCAGGUGUUCUAUAGUUUUGUGUUUGCAUUUAGGUCUGUUUGCCAUUUUGAGAACAUUUUUUAAAAGGUUUAAGAUCUUUAUCUAGAUAAUUUUUUAACAUGAAGAUGUCCAGUAGUUCCAGCACCAUUUGUUGAAAAGACUAUCCUUUCACCAUUGCUCCCUUUUCAAAGAUCAGCUGAUUGUAUUUGUGUGGAUCUACUUGACUAAGGUCCAAUUUUUUUCCAUUUUUUGAGAUAAUCAUUGUGUGGGUAUGGCUUUUUUUGUCUUUUAUUUUAUUUACAUGGUAUAUUCCAUCAAUUGAUACUAAGAUGUUAAACUAACCUUGCAUUUCCCGGGACAAAUCCCACUUGGUCAGGAUGUAUAAUUCUUUGUAUGUUUUGCCAAAUUUCUGAUACUUUUAAAAUGUAUUUUACAUGUAUAUUGAUGAGGGAUAAUGGAUUUAUCUAUUUCUUUCUUGUUAUAUCUCUGUCUAACUUUGCUGGCCUCUGCUCUCAUGAGUAAAUCAGUCCUCAUUGACAGAUUAAUGAUAUUUCUUCUUUAAAUGUUUGCUAGAAUCCCUUAGUGAAGCCACCUGAGCCUGGAGUUUUCUUGUGGGAAGAUUCUCAAUAAACAUUACUUAGUAUAGUCGUGUAUAGAUUUUUCUACUUAUGUCAGUUUUCAUAAUUGGUGUCUUUCUAGGAAUUUGUUCAUUUCCACUAAAUUGUCUAAUUUCGGAGGAUAGAGAUUAUUUAUAGUAUUCCCUUAUGAUGCUUUUAAUGUCUGUAGGGUCAGUAGUGUCAUCAUUCCUGAGUUUGUUAAUUUGUUGUCUUCUUUGCUUUGUCAACCUACCUAAAGUUUUGUCAAUUUUGUUGAUUUUUUGAAAGAAUCAACUGUUUGUUUCAUUGAUUUUUAUUUUUUAGUGUUUUUUUCAUUUUCUAUUUCAGUGAGUUUUGUCCUAAUCUUUAUUAUUUCCUUUCUUAUCAUUGCUUUGGGAUUAGUUAGGCUUAUUUUUGUGGUUUCUUAACAUGGAAGCUUAGGUUAUUGACAUCUUUAUUUUUCUGUAAUAAGUUGUUUAAAGCUAUCAUUUCUCUCUAAUGAUUUAAUUUAGCUGCAUCACAUCGAUUUUUAUAUGUAGCAUUUUUAUUUUCAUCUAGUUCAAAAUAUUUAUGUUUUUAAAAUUUAACUUGUAAUUUCUCCUUUCAUAGGAUAUUUGGCAGUGUGCAGUUUCAUAAGUCUUUCUCAAUUAAAUUUUCAGGGCUAUUAUCACAGAGUGGGAGGAAUGCUUUUAAUUUUUCAGUUAAGGGCCCAGGUAUUAUAAUUAAGGGCUUGAAAUGGAGAAAAUCUGUGGGUUAUUAGAAAUAUCUUUCACUCUGAAGAAUAUUUUGAGGAAAGCUGUCAGGUGUUUAAUGUAGAAAAAGUAGCACCCGUAUCUUCCACGGAUGGAUGAGGAUGACCGUCUGUCAUUAAUUCAUCUUGAGUGCUUAAGGAUGUGGCAGGUUAUUGAGCUCUUUUUCCUUCCUCAGAGGACCCUCAUUGAUCUGAACUGAGGGAUUUUCUUUGUCUUGCUUUUUCUUUCAUAAAGUGGGACCAUCCUUUUUCCGGUGUCUCUUCUGUUUACAAUAUAUUCAAGUCUCCUUGUCAAUAGGUGGUUUGUUGGAAAAUGAGUCCCUUAGCUGUUUAAUCUGCAGGGACAUAAGUUUACUUUGGGUAAAUUUUUAAUUUCAUUUAUAUUCCAUUUUGAUUCCAAAAGCUUUUCAAAAUGUACUGUCAGGUGUUCUAUUUAAGCUAAAGGAGCUAUUAGUUAUUCUAAUUUCUGUUUUCAAAUUAGGUCUCCAAUUCAGGUUUAACACCAUUGAUAAAAUGACAUGAAACAGCUGCUGUUACAUCAGCACCUCUGUAACCCUGUAAAUGUUACCAAAAGGUAUUUUUCUAAUCUGUCCUGAAAAUCUCCUAUGGUGUCAUCUAAUUUUUUGUUUCAAUGAUCAAAUUACUGUGCAAUUGUUUUUUGUUGUAAAUAUUUCAAGUAUGGCCUGUAGGAGAAUUGGAUGUACUCUUCUGGCCUUUCUGUGACCCUCAGGUUUAUUGUGGAAGGAGGAUUCCUGUUAGUCCCUUUCUGGGUCAGUCCAAUCAGCUUCAGCCAUUCACGAUUUAGCAUCUGAGUUGUAUGAGUUAGGUAGCCCUGGGUCACAUGUACCUUAAAGAAUUCUAAAUUCUUUUAUGACUAUUUGCUCGUCUUUUUUGGGUUGAGGGGAGUCUUUAGUUAUAUCUCUUAGUUCAGCUCAGGUCCAAGGUUUAAAUUCUGCAGUUUCCCGAAUGCGUGACUCAUGCAGUGAAUCUUAGAGGUAACUGGCAUUUGGGGCUUUAAGAGAGUUGUUGGUAAAAGGCAGGGCAUCUGGGCAAGGGGAAGAGAAGCAGGAGGAGGUGCUGAAAUAGAUCAGAAGGAUAAGGGCGAAGAGAGAGCUAGGUAUGAGGAGGCAACUGGAGGACAAGGACAGGGAGGAUUUACUAGGGGAAUGAGGCUCCUUUGUUAUUGCUGAAGUUUGUCAAAUUGCUCAUUGGUUUUGGCCAAAGAAUCUUUUAGUGAUGCAGUUUUUGAUUCAGCAUUUCAUUUGGAGGCCUCUUUAUACUAAUGUAAAAAUAUUGCCCUCCUCAGAAUUCUUAUUUAUUUUCAAAGGUGCCUUUCAAAUUAGCACUUUUGUUCAAAUCAAAUGUCCCCCCAGAGGGGCCAUUGAAUGCCUACAUCAUCCUUGGUGCAGUUACCUUACUUAGAAAGCUAGGCACAACAAUUAGGAUUGUAACAGGAAUACAUAGACAACGCAGGAGGGUUUCAUGGAAGAGGAGAGGAUUUAGACUUAGACCACUCUGUGAAAGCACAUGAUGACUGGUAGAAAUGUAAAGCUUCUAGAACUCAGGCCCCUAACCUGACAGCUGGCCAUCUCACACCACAGACCCAUAGUCUGCCCCUGGCAUGCGAAAACCAGAGGGAUCGUUCACUCUAGACUAUAGCUGUUCUCAAUACAAAAGUUAAGAGGGAAGGAGACCUCAUUUGAUUCAUUGGGGACCCACAGCAAAGUUUGCCCACGUAGUGGCUA